GCUAGAAUUAGAAAUUUUAGUUUCUCGCGAGCUAGCUACAUGUAGCUAGCUAGACCCGAGAAGAUAAAACCGGAGAGGACUAAGUCUUGUACUUGUAGAGAAAGGCUGGUCGCGGUAAGACGUGUGGAGUAGAAGCAACGUAUCUGACCAUAGCUGCUAGCAAUGGCUAGUGCGACGGGUGAUGAUUUCCACUACAGGGAUCCCGAGAACGAUGCUAGCUUCGUGGAUGUAGUUCAGCAAUCCCUGAUAAAAGUGGUCGUGAAAAGACUCAUUGACUCGGUGGAGGAUAUUGCGAGGCAGCCAGUCGCCGGAGGUCAAACUGGUGGUGGAGAUGCUGAUAGUGCUGCUGCUGGGGGCAGUGGCGAUGGGCAAGACGCUGUGGAUGGAGGCGAAGCAGACGCGGCAGAGCCUGGAAACGGUGCCGAAAAAGAGACGGGCCUUGUGAACAUGCUAAUCGCAGUUGUAGGUGAUCUAAUCCGGGACCAUCGCCAGGAACUGGAGGAAGCUGUGAACGCUCUCAUGAACCAUAGGGUCGACAAACUGAGAGACACAAUCAGGAAAAUCUGGAACAGGUUCAGAGGAACUAACUUUCGUUGGUACCACCUCGUGUCGUUCUUAGCUUUCUGUGCACUGCUAAUAUUUCGCAAGUCGCGCGCCGGCGCUGACGUGUUGCAGUUAGCCAGGACUGCGGCUGAAUGUGUGUACGAGUGGAUAGUGACAGAGUGGAAGAAGGCGUUCAUCAACCUAGGCGGAUGGGUUGGAUUCUGCCAGUUUUGCGAUGGAGAUCUUGGCAAGCUGCCAGCAGAAGAGCGCGCCAGGCAAGACACCAUGGCAACGAUCGGCAAGGCAGCAGGGUGCGCUCUAGCCUUCGCAAGCAUUCUCUACGCAGUCUAUCAUUCAUACCAAGAUUUUGUCCGUAUUCCCGAACCCGACUAGCUGCUGCAGCCCCGCUGCUACUGCCAUCCUGAUCCGUGUGGUCCGCACGAUGUGGUGUGCUGUGAUGUCGCACACUUGUUGAACGUCUGGUGGUAUUCACCGAGCGGUACAAGCCGCUCGUAGGCAAGCGCUUGUCCUCUCUUGUCGUUCCACGGUGCGUUGAGCAGUGCCGCACCCCUACACAUCACGCGAGCCGGUGUGGUCGAGAGGUUUCCUCCUGAUAACAGUUAACUUAUUGCCGUGCACUGCCGCUUUUGCCACAAAGGCGGGGACUUGUUUUCGUCUGCUUUGCUCUUGUUCCUAUUGUUCUCGAUGUUUUUGAGUGUUGACGCCGUCUUGUGCGAGUGUGCGUGGUGAGCUUCUUGUCCUGCCGCUGUUUGUCCAGGUAGCUGGUCUUCUGCCUCGCAGACGUCUUCCGUCCUGACUUUUCCUUGUGUCAGGCGUGUCUGUCGAGCGUCAAUACAAUUAUCUACUGGAGAUCCGGGCAUGAACCCAUGUGUGUACAUGUCUGUGUGUGUGUGUGUUUGUGUGUUUGUGCGUGUGUGCAUGUCUGUGUGUGUGUGUGUUUGUGUGUGUGUGUGUGGAGACCUUUGUUUAGCACUAGUGCCAUCAUGCUACGUAUUCUGCACUUUUCUUACCACUGAAAGUUUGGUUGUCAUCUCCACCUCUGUGGCCACUGCGCGUGCAUACUGGUAUUGCCAUUUUCAAAAUCUCUUUUCUGCUUUAUUUUCACUUCUACCAUUUUUACCAGGGAGUAGUAGAAUACCGGUAUUUUACUACUCCCUGAUUUUUACUCACGUCCUUCAUUGCUUCCAGAGAUUUUUUAAUUAUGAUACGAAAAGACUUUCUGUUGUACCGGCGAUGCAACGAUGUUUUAAACAUUUAAUAAUAUCUGGACAGCUUGA